AUGGUCGCCGCACCCAACACCCUCAACGAGGCCCAGCAGCUCUUCGUGAGCGGGGAACACCGGUCCUCCUCGGACAAUUCCCAGUUCGACGUGAUCAAUCCCAUGACGGGAGAAGUCGUCUACGCCUGCGCAUCCGCGACCGUGCAGGAUGCGUCCGACGCCAUUGACAGCGCCCACGUCGCUUAUAAAUCGUGGUCUAAAACCGGUCCGUCCGUACGACGGGCCAUCUUUCUCAAGGCGGCCGACAUUCUCGAAGGCUACGCGCGGGGCGACGCGCCCGAGAUUCUUCGCGCAGAGGUGUCGGCCACGGAGACUUGGAUCCGGGUCAACAUUUUCGCCACGGCCGGCGUGUUGAGGAGGCGGCGGGCUUGGUCACGCACGUCAAGGGGAGAUCGUUCCCGCGGAUCGGCCGGGUACUACGGUUUUGAUCGCGAGGAGGCGCUGGGCGUAGUGUAUGCCAUUAGCCCUUGGAAUGCACCGAUCAAUCUCACGGCGAGGGCCAUCGCGUGUCCGUUAAUAUGCGGCAACACGGUCGUUCUACGACCCUCGGAGCGCAGCCCCAAGUCCCAGAGCCUCGUCAUCAAGGCCCUGACCGAAGCCGGGCUCCCCGCCGGAUGCGUCAACUACCUCCCCUGCCAGCCGGACCGCGCCGCGGAGAUUAGCGAGUUCGCCGUCAAGCACCCCAAGGUGAGGCGCAUCAACUUCACGGGGAGCGAGCGCGUGGGCACCAUCAUCGCGGGCUGGGCUGCGUCGUGCUUGAAAAAGUGCGUCUUCGAGCUCGGCGGCAAGGCUCCCGUCAUUGUGCGGGAGGAUGCCAACAUCCAAGACGCCGUCGAGUCCAUCGUUUUUGGCGGAUUCGCUAAUAAUGGCCAAGUAUGCAUGUCGACGGAGCGCGUUAUUGUGCAUAAAUCCAUCAUGGGCCAGUUUAAGGAGGAGCUACUCGCCCGAACAAAGCAACUCAAGUGCGGUAAUCACUUGGUGGAUAGGGAUGUGUCGAUUUCCGGCCUCUACAUGCCGGCAUCAGCUAAACGGGUUAUCGAACUUGUUCAAUCCGCUGUUGACGGAGGCGCUACGCUCUUGAUGGGUGAUUUGCAGAUUGAUGGCCCUAACAAGACCAUCGUGAGGCCCCAUAUCCUUCAAGGCGUGAUGAGAGAGAUGGAUCUUUACCACCAGGAAUCCUUUGGUCCCGUCAUGAUCCUCAUCGAGUACGAAACAGACGAACAGAGCGUCGAGUUGGCUAACGACAGCGACUUCUCGCUAUGUGCCAGCAUCUUCUCCCGCGACAUCAUGCGUGCCAUGGAAAUGGCAAAGGAGGUGAGGGCGGGCAGCUGUCACAUCAACGGUCCCACGAUAUACAUCGAGCCAACGCUUCCCAACGGAGGCGUGGGUGGCAGUAGCGGAUACGGACGGUUCGGCGGGAUUGCGGGCAUUGAGGAGUUCUCGGAGCGCAAGAUUAUCAGCUUGGCUCAAAGUGGCAUGAAGUUCCAUUUCUAA